CCCCCCCCCCCAAUUCUUAAUUCCAUUCUCCAAACACUUUCUACACCAAGCUCCCCAAACCUCACCAUCAUCAAUCACCACCAAAACCACACCCAGGUUACGUCACCUGGUGCCCUCAAGAACCUUAAACCCCCUGAUUGGAAUGGAGAUAACCCUGCUUAGAUUCCUCAAUCUGGACUCAAGUCCAAUAGAUCUAAUGCUCAGGUCGAGGUUUGUGAGCAAAUGGCUUGUGAAUACCUACUAGAUAAUCAAGGAACUUUCGCUAGAGAUUCAACCAUAUAUGCUCAGGGAUAUAAUGAACAGGCUCACAGUGGUUUCAAUGACGCCUCUGGUUCCCUUUGUAAAGAGAGUAAACCAAAUCAGGGCCAUCUUAGACCUGAAUGAUGAUUCCCAAUUCCCAAUUCCUUUUAUGAUGCAUUCCGUGAAGAUUUUGUCCUGGAAUUGUAGAAGAGUUGGUAAAGAAAGAUUUCAAAGAGCCUUUGAAGAUAUCUUAAGAGCUCAUAAACUAGAAAUUGUAGUUCUUAUGGAAACCAAAGUCCCUAGUUCUCAACUAGGAAAUUUCUUUUCUCAUCUCAGUCUGACUAUGUCCGAAAAAGUUGAACCAGUUGGUGGAGCUAGUGAACUUUGGCUUAUGUGGGAUCCCACCCUGGUUACUAUAUCCAUCCACCAAUCAAUAGCCCAAGUCAUUCAUGCCCACAUAAGUCGGCUUGAUUUUGAUGAGUGGUUGUUCUUAGUAAUUUACAGUAGUCUCAAUCCCUCGAAUAGAGACCAUCUCUGGGACAAUCUAAGUCAAGUUAGAGACAACUAUUCUCAUGGGUGGAUGGCCGCCAGUGACCUAAACGACUUCUCUAGUACCUUGGAAAGAAGAGGAAGGCACAUUGACCAUUGCAACAUAACCAGAAAAUUUAGAGAAAGGAUUAACAAAUGUGAACUCAUCGACCUUGGUUACAACGGACCAAGACUCACUUGGAACAACAAAAGGAAAGGGCUGACAAACACCAAAAUAAGGCUGAAUAAAGCGUUGGCGAACACUCAAUGGACCUCCUAGUUCCCUGAAGCAAGUGUUCAAAAUCUUCCUAGAAGCUACUCUGAUCACUGCCCACUCCUGAUCCAUCUCAAAGGAUGGAUGAAAUUAAAUGUGGAUGGAUGCUCCAAAGGUAAUACAGGAUCUGUUGCGUUUGGAGGCCUCGUGAGAAGUGACCAACAGGCGUGGCAGCUGGGGUUUUAUGGAAGACUCCCUAACUGCUCAAGUAUUCAGGCUGAACUAUGGGCCAUUUUCAUGGGCCUCCAGAUCACUCAUUCCAAGGGAUUGAAGAAGAUUAUUGUGGAGACCGACUCUCUUGAUGCUCAUAGACUCCUCACAACAAGAAUUGAAGAUACACACCCGGAGAGAGGAAUCAGUUUUGAAUGCAAAAGGCUCCUCACUCUCCUCAACUGCCCCAUCCUUCACACCAAAAGUGAAGGAAAUUUUAGCGCAGACAAGCUUGCAAAUUUGAGUGUCAUUCAAAAUGACAACUUAGUGAUCCUCAACUCCCCACCUUGCUCAAUGGGAGAGCUUUUGAGAAACGAUAAUGCUAGUAUUGCCUAUUUUAGAGGCUUUUGAUUUGUUUUGAUUAUUCCGCUGUACCCAAAAAAAAAAAGUGAGAAUUUAAGUUGGUGGAUAGUUAAAUGUAAGAAACAUUGGGAGACGAACUCCUGUUUUUGCUGUCCUUACGAUGUAGGAGUACACAUCAUAUGGACUCAUUUGUGAAGCAAGUGUUGCUACUG